UUCCCAUACUACAUUAAACCUCCAGUCAAACAUCCUCAACAUUUCCAUCUGUCAGCUCAAAAACACGAGCUUUUUAAGGGGCACUUGAAUGCACCAUAUUCCGCUUUCCUGGAAAACAUUUGGAGCUUCUUUGGAAUAGAAAAACACGAGCACAUCCAAAAGUGUGAUUAAUCUGCGAAACGGGCGUGAAAUGUGAUUCCAAGAACUAUAAAAGGAACAAAAUAAUCCAAAACAAGAAAAGAAACACCACAACACACCUGCAGCUGAACGCACACUUCCAAGCACUCAGUAAAGUAUACAAAAGCCAAACAUCUCUCCACAGACACGUAAAUAAACUCAGAUAAAGUUGUACUAAAAGACAAAAACAUGUUUAUUUUCCAACCCUGAAAUAAAAAAAUUCUUAAAAGGAGUUUAUACUGUCAGAUCUGGAUUUAAAAUGGUAGAACAUGUGAGUGUGUGUUACUGGGAGGAGUCUGGAGUUCCUGUAUCCAGCUGCUGUGUGUUUGGAGGAUCACUGCCAUCAGGCUGAUCUCCGAGCAGCCUCAGAGUGAGAUGAAGGGGAUCAAUCGGCAUCAGAUCUGUCACACCUUUUACAAUGAAACCAGUUGGAUCAGCUGAUGCAGAGGAGCUCAGACUAGCAGUACAAUUUGAGAUGAAGAGGAGAGCCUGAAGACUUUUUCCACGGAACAAACCGAAGGUGGUCAUCAUGUCUCUGUGGAUGAUCCUUCCCGUCAGCCUGCCUGUCUUCACCAUCACUGGGAUAUGGGUCGUAUAUGCAAUGUCCCUGUACAACCAGCAUGUCUGUCCUGUCCAUAACUGGCUUUACAAUGAGUCAUGUGAGGAGCAGCUCCCACUACAGAGGGGUCCAGUCCUGUGCUGCACCCUGGACAACAUACCACUCAUCAGUAAAUGUGGAACCCUGCCACCUGAAAGCUGCUUUUUCAGCCUCAUAUGCAGCACUGGAUCCUUUAUGGUGAUGCUGAUUGCUCUGCUGCGUUACGCUCAUGUGAUCGAGAAGCACCAGAACUGCAUCCUCAACACGGCCGGCCUCUCCAGCGCCUGGAUCUGUGCUGCAGGGCUCAUCAUGGUGGGAAACUUCCAGGUGGAUUUUGCCAAAGUCCUCCAUUACAUUGGUGCUGGAGUGACCUUCCCCUCCAGCAUGCUGUUUGUGUGUCUGCAGUCGGCUCUGACCUACAGACUGGCUAAGACCCAGGAGGAGUAUCGGAUAGGUCACCUGCGGGUGGGGAUGGCCCUGCUGGCCCUCGUCGCUCUGGUGCUCAGUGGAGUUUUCUUUUGCCAGGAGAGCUUCGCCCUGCAACAUGCCUCCGCCAUCUUUGAGUGGAUCUACUGCAUGCUCAUCAUGCUCUUCUACGGGACUUUUGCCUUUGAGUUCGGGGACAUGUCGGGAGACACACUGAUGGUGCUGACCGGAGGAGGAGGAGGGGGGCUAAACGGCUUCUCCACAUCUGGACACAAGGCAGAGGUGAGCAGCGGCUCCAACCACCAUCAGCCUGAGAGUUUAUCGAUGCUGUAACCACAGUGUGAACAAGCUUCAGGAUCCCUGGAGGUCAAAGGGCGACACAUACUGUAUGGAGGACCUGAUUAUGGAUGCUCUUGCACACAGCAGUGACCAAAUACUUUUAUCCUGCUUUGCUUAAUGUAUGUGCACUGCAGGUCACAGCUGCAGAACAUUGCACAAUAAUGCAAGUGCCUUUUGAACCCUGACAGAGAUCCACACACACACACACACACACACACACAUACACACACACAUACACACACACACACACACACACACACACACACACACACACACACACACACACACACACAGGUGGAACUGUGAUGUGUGCGCCCCAGAACGUAAUUAGAGGGGCCCAGACGUGUGCAGGGGGGAAUCUGAGAGGGCCUCGAAUUGCGCAGACCUCUGACGACACACACACACACAGACACACUCGUGUGUUUGUUUUAAUUCUCUCAAUGUAACAAUGCCUCUCUGCAUUCUUGGCCAAAGUCGCCUUUCAUCAGACCGAACCUCCUGAACUCGCCUCAGAUGUAGCGCCGUCAGUUUGUUUGAAUGUUUAGACGUUCAGAACACCAAGCUCCGUGUUUUUUACUCAGGAAGUUUUUGUUACAUAAACUGCUUUUGCCUAAUGUAAGGGAAAGUUUUCCAAAAGACAAUGGAUGGACUAAAGGUAACCAUGUGCCAAAAAUAAUCAUUUUUAUAGCAGGUUUAUCUGCCCUAUGUUGAACAGUUUAUUUUAUAGUUUUUUAUGAUAUCCAAAGAAACAUUUUGUGCGACUUUUUAUGGGGAUAUUGCCAGAGUAUCUGUCUCAUAUUAAAGCUCUUUUGUAUAUUUUGUUGUAUCAGCUCUUUUCCAAAGAUAUGUAUCAUUGCUCUCAGUAACAAUGAGAGUUGUACAGUUUGAAUGGGACCAAACUAUCCGUAUUGUGAUAAUACGCAGACAUACUUUUACAAGAAUAAUGUAUGCAGAGAACAAAAUAAUUAAAGCAAGAAAGAUGUAAUGCCUCUU